AGUUCGGAGCCAAUGGCGUCGGAGACGAAAGCUCCAUCCGAGGAGCCCACGAGCUCCAGUAAUAAAGAUGAAUCUGCGAGAUUUGAAUGUAAUAUUUGUUUGGACGCAGCAAAAGAUGCAGUCGUUUCCCUAUGUGGACAUCUUUUUUGUUGGCCAUGUCUGAGUCAAUGGCUUGAUACUCGUCCAAAUAAUCAAGUUUGUCCAGUGUGUAAAAGUGCAAUUGAUGGGAAUAAAGUUGUACCGAUCUAUGGAAGAGGUGGCGAUUCAUCGGAUCCACGUAAAAAAGUUCCACCACGUCCAAAAGGACAACGAAGUGAACCACCACCGCAAUCAUUUGCCGGUUUCAAUUGGGGUGGCGAUGGCGGAAUGAUGGGCGGCGGCGGACCAAAUGUGCAUUUUUCAUUUGGAAUUGGUACGGUGAAUGGUCUGUUCCCGUUGAUGUUCAUGCUACCUUUCAUUCAAGGCAUCUUCCCAUUGUCAUUUGUUGCUUCAUUCUUUGGAAAUGGUAAUCAAGGAGCAGCAGCAGCUGGUGGUGGAAAUGGUGGAGGAAAUGACGGAAAUGAUGGUACACAUGCACAUACUCAUGGACAUACACAUGGACCCCGUGGACACGGAGAAUCAGCUGCACCGGGAUCAAGAAUGGCUCAAGAAGAGGAAUAUUUGUCGAAUAUUUUCAAAUAUAUUGGAUUUUUUAUGCUUUUCUGGCUUCUAUUCGUCUAAAAAUCCCAUUUUUUCUGCUUUUUUUACUAAAAAAAUCCGACAUUCCUCAUAUUCUUUUCACCUGUAUUUUCUAACAAUUUGUAUAAUUAUUAGUUUUUUUCCGCAUCCGAUCCAGAAAAUAUUCCAUUUUUUGUAUUAUAAAAACAAAAAAAAUUUCCCUAAUAUAAUAUUUUAUUAAUCCUUUCUUUUCUCUCAAUCUGUGUUACUUUUCCUCGUCGAUUCUAUCCACAUUUCCUGGUUUUUUCUCGUAUAAAACGAUUAGUUUCCC